AUGGCACCUACCACCGAGCCCGCGAAGCGCGGCCGCGGAAGACCCAAGGGUAGCACCAAUGCGCCCAAGCCAGCCCCCCCCACCGGCCCCAACCCGGGACCUGCUGGCGGCGUGACGAAGCGCGCCCAUGGGCGUCCCGCCGUGAACUACGCACCCAAGCCAGCGGCCAAGCCUGAGGGGACAGGGAAACCCAGAGGCCGCCCCAAGGGCACUGGCAAAGCGUCGACCACGGCGAAGGUCGCGGAUCCAGAAGCUGACGCAACAACGCCGAAGAAAAGAGGUCGCCCGGCUGGAACCGGUGCCACCAAGAAGGCUGCUGCUGCGACUACCACCCCGUCCAGUGGGAAGAAGAGGGGUCGUCCUGCUGGGUCGGGUAAGACAGCGAAAAAGGAGGUUGCUGCUGUUGCUGCUGCUGCUGCUGCUGCUGCUGCUGCUCCUGUCGAGGACUCGGUCCCAGAGGACACCGAUGAUGCUGAAGAAGCCCUUUUGUCCGACGACAAGAACGAGUACGAGGAUGAGGAGGCCAACGGCGAAAGAGGGGACGAUAACAAUGAUGACGUACAGGCGAACGGCGACAGCGCUGAAGAAGAUGAUGAUGACCACAAGCAGGAGGUUCGGCCCUCCCCCUGGGGCAAGAUCGCGAGCAUAUUUGGCUGA